UGUUUUCUAGCAUUUGGAAGGAGGAUCUAUGUCUAUCUUUGUGCCUGUUUUUGAUUUCCUUCUUCAUCCUUCAAAGAAAGCAAAAACUUUUUGAUUUUUUUUUCCCUUUUUUCCAUUUUUCUAUUUCCUUCUAUAUAUAUGAGAGGAAAUUAUUGAUGGCUUCUGGAGCUGGUGUUACCGAAAAAACCAUUGCUACUCAAAAUCAACAACAUCAAAGGACGCAACCGGUGUUGAAGUGCCCGCGAUGCGAUUCUUCAAAUACCAAGUUUUGCUAUUACAAUAACUACAAUUUGUCACAGCCUAGACACUUUUGUAAAGCUUGCAAGAGGUAUUGGACAAGAGGUGGUACUUUAAGAAAUGUUCCUGUUGGUGGGGGGUGUAGGAAGAACAAAAGAAUCAAGAGAACAUUCACAACAAGUACUUCAAGUCAAGAUACUAAAGCUUCAAUAAUUACAACAAGUCAUCAUCAUCAUCAUCAUCAUCAUAAUCCUAGCCCUAAUUCUAAUUCUAAUCUUGCUCAUUCUUCCAUACUUUCAAAUAAUAAUCUCAACCCUUUGUAUGGAUCAUUACAGCAAAAUCCUAAAUUCCCUAGAUUCAAUACUAGGGUUUCAAGUGCAAACCAAACCGAUACGUCUAGGUUUGAUCUUAUUCAACCACAAAUGAGUUCUCUUGGAUUAGGGUUUUCGCCAUCGCUUGUUUCUAGCUAUCCUUCCAUGUUUAGUAGUGGUUCGAUCUCAAGUUCUACGGUUGAUCCUUCGAUGGCUUCCAUUUUAGGUUCAACUAUUCAUCAACAACAACCAGGGUAUACAGGGUUUUCACCAUAUGGAGAUGGAAGUGGUUCAAUAGUGAAUCAUAAUCAAAUGGAAGGAACAAAAAAUAACACCAAUUGGAACAAUAGCUUUAAUGGUCAAGCUGAUAAUGAGCAAAUCAAAGUGGUAGGAUCAUCUGAUCCGGCUUCUUUUUUAUGGACCAUGAUUGGUGGUAGUGAUGGUGGAGAUCAAUGGCUUGAUCCAACAAGCAAUAUAAUCGGUUCCUCGGUUUCUUCUUUGAUCUAGCAAAAUUAAUAAGCUAGAUAGGAUGGUCAUGUCAACUUGAUGAAAAAAAGUUUCCAGCCUACCAGUUUUUUUAUUGAUCAAGGUUGGAAAAUCAAUCAGGAAUUGAAUAUUAUUCUUGUACACAAUUGGGUUCAAUAUCUCAGAUUUAUGGUGAGUUGAUUUGUUCUAUAAUUUUCUUUUACUGCUUUUGUAUCAUUAAAAGUGGUUCACAUUAUAUAUAUCUUUAUGAAUCAUGCAUGUUAAAUAUUGGGGUGUAUGGGUAGGGGCUUAUUGAAAGCAUAAGUAUAAGACAUCUUUAAUUUAUACUUUUAUUUUGUUUCGGUAUAUUGGUAUAGAAGAAAAGGGAUUGAUAUAUGUUUUUCAUGGGAUGUUUUAAUUCACAUAUUUUGUUCA